GAUAUUUUGAGUCACUGCAUGCACGGCCACACUGGGCUCUAAUCGAUUUAUUUGUAAAAAAAGAAAUCUUAAAUCCGCAAAGUUUUCGCUGAUUAACGUAAAACUGUUCGCCCCGUAGCCUAGUGAAUCAGAUCGGAGACCCCACGUCGCCGCCUACAUAAGCCCGCAUACUAUAUACCCGAUAUUUCAGGAAUUAAACCAAAUCAACUAUAAGAGGCAGCAGCACAACAACAACGCAAGCUCGCCACGUCAGUGGGAGUGAGCGAGAGCGCGUUAGCGAAGCGCACGAGAGGGAGCAAGAGGGAUAGAUUGCAAAAGUAGAAAUAUGUUUAGUAACAUUAAGGAGCGUUUUAUAUCGGCCAUCGCGCCGGAUCUGCCGCCCCUGCCAGGCACAGGCGAGCGGGGCAGUGCUUCCGGAAGCGGUCACCAUCACAAUGCGCCGCACCAGCGCCUCCGGUUCGGCGGUUCCGGCGGUCAGCCAAUGCCGGACAAGUUUCCCUACGCCCGGCCGCCCUUUCUGCAACUUCUCACAUCGGACGAACUGCGCGCCUCGGCGGACCACAAUGUUCGGCCCAUCAUCGUUCCGCGGGACAUCAACCUGCUGCCCUGGGGCACCGGAUACGCCGAGUGCGUCAACUCCGGGAAGUCAGAGUGGAACGAGGACCAGGGCGCCUUUUGCCGACAAGUUCUUUCGGAUCCGGAGCACAAGCACCCAGAUCUCCCGUACACAUACUUCGGAAUUUUCGACGGACACGCCGGAUAUGGAGCAGCACUGGCGGCCUCGCAUCAGUUCCAUCAUAUCCUGCACGAGAAGCUAGUGGACUGCCUUGAGCUGCUCCUGCCACGGGAUGCGGACGCCACCAGUGGCGGAGGGGAUGGCACAAAGCUAAAUCCCACAUUCCCGCACCCCAUCUACUUCCAGCGCCGGGUGACCAAGGACGAGCUAAUCAUCGGUGCACUGGAGAGUGCCUUUUUCAACAUGGACUCGCUGAUAGCGCAGGACAGUGAUCGUUAUCGAGAUGCCGGCGGCUGCACCGCCUGCGUUUCAUUAUUUAUUGAUGGCAAAAUGUAUGUGGCCAAUGCCGGCGACUCAAGAGCUGUGCUCUGCCAGCGCCGUGCCACUCCCGAUAGGCCACAAACGGAUGCGCACUCUGGCAUUGAGCCGGAUCCACUCGAAGCUAGCUGUUACCCAGUGCCGUUCUCCGCGGAUCACACGCCCGAAACGGAGCGCGAACGCUUGCUGAAUGUGGCCAGAUUGAAGCCACACCUAAUGGGCCAACAUUAUGUGGCAAUGGAGUACGCCAAGCGGCCGCACAUCAAGGACAUGGGCCAGCGCAUUCUCUGCCGGCAGGGCACUAUGCGUGGCUGGACCUACAAGACGCUGACCAGGGAGGAUCUCCGCAUGCCGGUGGUGAAUGGCGAGGGCAAGAGAAGCCGCUUACUGGGCACACUGGGAGUGACGCGUGGCUUUGGCGAUCACGAGCUACUGGCCAUCAACACGGGUAUACAAAUAAAACCCUUCCUCACCCCCCAUCCCGAUGUGAGGCAGCGAGAUCUUACGCAGGUGGUUUGCAUUUCGGAUGAGGACAACCGCGACGGAGAUUAUGGCGUGCUCGUAAUGGCCACUGACGGCCUUUGGGAUGUAUCCGAAAAUGAGGGCGUUUCACGCACUGUCUUCCAGACGCUCUCCAAGUAUCCUACGGAGAAGCAUCGCUAUACGAUGGUCGCCCAGGAGCUGGUGGCCCGGGCUCGCGGAAAAAUCAACGACUCUGGGCAUUGGCGUCUCGCCGAUAGCAAGGCAGCAGCCACUGUUGAUGAUAUCUCGGUGAUUGUGAUUCCGGUUAGCCAGUAUUACAAGGAACAUGUGGAAUGGACGCAGAACUACAAACGGGAUCUCGAGCAUCGACGGCGACAGGCACAGGCGAACAUGGCCCAGGAGGCAGUCAAUGUCCUCAAUGGCGUAAUUGCCGAGGAAGCUCACGUCGUCGAAGAGGAGGAGGAGGGCGAGGUGGUUGUGCACGAGGCAAGGACUUCCCAAAAGCAAUCGGAGAAGCAACAUCAGGUGGAGGAGGCAGUCGACGAGAACCUGGUGGUACAUCUGACCCCUUCGCUGGAGCAGGUGCAGCUAAAUGACACGGAUUUAGCAGCGUCCGACAUCGGUAAGGAGAAGGACACUGAUAAGGACAAGGACGUCUCGACAACUCGGCAGCAUUCGCAACCAUCGCUUCAAAAGGGUCGCAAGGGCAAAGGCAAGCACUAGAAUAUAUGUCCUGCCACACAGACCGAUGUAUUAGGCUUAUAUUAAAAGGAUAAAGAUGCGACAGUUAUUGACACAUCUAUAUAUUUUUACACUCCACACACAAGAACAAAUUCAACACAUUCAAAGUUUCUACAUAAUUUGCUUAUGUACAAACCAAAAAAGCAAGUCAACUUAAUUGCAAUGUACAAUUAUUUGCUGUAAUUAAGUGUAUUUAUUUUGAUCGAAAACGAUUAAUGAAUGAACAAAGCCCCAGAGUAAUGCUGGACAAUUUUUCAAUUAACACAAAUUAAAACCUUAUGAUUCCAAUUGAAAACAUACAAAAUCAGAAAUUAAAAAGUAUUUUAAGCUGUGUAAAACAUAAACAGAACAAUAAAGUAAAAUAAAUCAACAAUUACUGUUAAAUAGAAACGAG